CACAACCGCCGAAUCUUGUCAGUUGGACUCCUCAACACAGACAUGGAGUACUUCAGUCUCAAGCGAUCGACUGCCAUUGACGGCGGCAAUGCCAAUCUUUCCAGCAAGGUCUACGUUCGAUCAACCAAGAGUGGCAAGGUCCAAAAAAUCGUCAGAGAGAUGUAUCUCCGACAAGACAUUCCCUGCUCGUCGAACCUUUGCAGAGCGUGUCUCCAGAUUGCGCCAAUCGACUAUUCGAAGAAAGCUGUGCCUUUCGUGCUCUCGGAUACUCCGGCUGGAUCAAAACACUUUCUAAAUGGACAGUAUCUUGUUCCCGACACUAAUGCUUUUCUUACUGGAAUGGAUUUGUUUGAAGUCGAAACCGCUUUUCACGAUGUCAUCGUUCUGCAGACCGUCCUGGAGGAAGUAAAGAACCGCUCAUUGCCUUUAUAUCACCGCCUUAUCGCUUUGACCAAGAACGAGGGAAAGCGAUUCUAUGUGUUCUUCAAUGAGUUUCGCCAAGAAACCCAUGUUCAGCGAAACGCGGGGGAGACUAUCAACGACCGGAAUGAUAGAGCAGUGAGAAAAGCCGUUCAGUGGUACAAUCAACACAUCGCUGAAGCCCAAGCUGCUCGGAGUAAGAAGUCCCAGAGGAUUCCGUCCGUCGUCAUGAUUAGCGACGAUCGAGAUAACCUGCGAAAAGCCAAGGCAGAUGGUAUUCCAGCCCUUACGUUAUCUGACUUCGUGUCCGGACUGGAGAAUGGAAACGACCUGCUUGACAUGAUUAGUGCUGCUCAAGAGCGCAGGGAAGUCAGGACCGGAAAGCCAGAGGUGUUCUAUCCUGAAUACUUCACCAUGUCGAGGAUGAUGACGGGAUUAAAAGCCGGCGCCAUGCACCAAGGCAUCUUCAAUGUCUCACCCUAUAAUUAUCUAGAAGGUUCUGUACAUGUACCAGCCUUUGACAGAUCUCUCCUCAUUCUUGGUCGAGAAAAUGGCAACCGAGCUGUAUCUGGGGAUGUUGUGGUUGUAGAAAUUCUCCCUAAAGAUCAAUGGAAGGCACCUCCAACCAAGAUUAUCGAAGAAGAAUCCCUGAACAAGAACGAUAAUCCCGAAGCUGAAGAUGGCGAGAACGUCAGCUCCGAGAGGGAACGACGAGCACUCCAAGAGGAGGUCAAGCGCGUUCACGGCCAAAGCACCGAAGGCAGGCCGCAGCCUACCGCCCGAGUCGUAGGAAUCAUCAAGCGAAAUUGGAGACAGUACGUGGGUCACAUCGAUCGAGACUCUGUACGGUCGACAUCCAAAACGAGCAGACAACAACAGGUGGUCUUCUUAGUUCCGAUGGACAAACGCAUACCGAAAAUCAGGUUACGGACCCGGCAGGCUGGAGAACUUCUCGGACAGCGGGUUCUGGCAACAAUAGAUUCAUGGGAACGAGACUCACGGUACCCAUUUGGACACUUUGUCCGAUCUCUAGGCGAGCUCGAAUCAAAAGAAGCUGAAACCGAAGCUCUUCUCUUAGAAUGGGACGUUCAAUACCGACCCUUCCCCAAGACUGUCCUAGAUUGUCUGCCAGCUGAAGGUCACGACUGGAAAGUACCGGCUAGUCUCGACGACCCGGGCUGGAGAGGGCGGAAGGAUCUUCGAGACCUUUUGGUCUGCAGUAUCGAUCCCCCCGGCUGUGUUGAUAUAGACGAUGCGCUACACGCCCGACAACUCACAAAUGGAAACUUCGAAGUCGGUGUACAUAUUGCAGAUGUCUCACAUUUCGUCAAGCCGAACAACGCGAUGGACAAAGAAGCAAGCCAACGAGGGACAACUGUCUAUCUCGUCGAUAAGCGCAUAGACAUGCUACCAAUGCUUCUUGGUACCGAUCUCUGCUCCCUCAAGCCUUACAUAGAACGCUAUGCCUUUUCAGUCCUAUGGGAGAUCACACCGGACGCUGACCUAGUCUCGGCCAACUUCACCAAAUCUGUCAUCCGGUCCCGCGAAGCCUUCAGCUACGAGCAAGCCCAGAUCCGUAUUGACGACAAUUCCCGACAAGAUGACCUCACAAACGGCAUGAGAGUCCUCAUGAUGCUAUCCAAAAAACUACGGCAAAAGCGUAUGGAUGCUGGCGCGCUCAACCUCGCCUCCCCAGAAGUGAAAGUGCAAACAGAAUCCGAGACCUCAGAUCCUGUUGAUGUACAAACCAAGAAGCUUCUCGACACGAACUCACUAGUAGAGGAGUUCAUGCUGCUAGCCAACAUCAGUGUUGCCCGUAAGAACUAUCAAGCCUUCCCACAAACCGCACUCCUUCGCCGCCAUGCCGCACCGCCAAAAACAAACUUUGAGGAACUCAGCAGCCAGCUCAAAGUGAAGAAAGGUCUCGAACUACGCACCGAGUCCUCCAAAUCCCUCGCAGACUCCCUUGACCUCUGCACCGACCCCAACGAACCCUUCUUCAACACCCUAGUCCGGAUAAUGGCAACCCGCUGCAUGAUGUCCGCAGAAUAUUUCUGCAGUGGAACCCAAGCAUAUCCUGAAUUCCGUCACUACGGCCUCGCGUCUGAAAUUUACACGCAUUUCACGUCACCCAUCCGCCGGUACGCUGAUCUCGAAGCCCAUCGCCAACUCGCCGCCGCCAUCGACUACGAAACCCUCGACCCUUCCUUGCACUCCAAAGCAAAGCUCGAAGGCGUCUGCAAGAACAUCAACGUGCGCCACCGUAACGCGCAAAUGGCUGGUCGGGCAAGUAUAGAGUACUACGUCGGGCAAGCUCUAAAGGGUAAGAACAUCAUUGAGGAAGGCUUCGUGAUGAGGAUCUUCAGCAAUGGCUUCGUAGUUUUUGUCCCAAGAUUCGGGAUCGAGAGUUUAAUUCGAUUAAGGGAUUUAGCGAGUCCGGAACCGGAGGCCGAGUUUGAUGCCGAGGAGUAUGUGUUGAGGGUUAAGGGGAGUGUGGGGAGAGAGAUUGAGUUGUUUGAGAAGGUUAGGGUGAAGAUUACGGAUGAGAAGGAGGAGAGUACGGGGAAGAGGAAGGUUAGGAUUUCGAUGGUGUGAGUAGGUGGGCUGUGGGAUAGAGGGGGACGGGAAGGUAAAAGCAAUGUUUGAUCUCGGCAGAAAGAGGAGAUAUGCAGUGUGUGUUUGAGUGGCUUCUGUCUAUCUCAGAUACGAGACGAAUCCUGUCUGUACCUGUGCUACUAGAUGGGCGGAUACGUAUGUAUUUUCCAAACCACAAAAAAACAAACACUCUACGGUCAAGACCGAGACAUCGCCAACGAGAGGUACCUGCUUGAAGCCCAACUUGCCCCUGAGUCUAGCU